GACCACGGCUGAGCGGGAGAGCAGCGGCUUUGCAGGCAGACAGGUGCAGCCCGGAAUGGACAAACCCCGUUGUGCAAGCCAGGAGAGCCGCUGCCGGUCAGAGCAGAGGACACUGAGCUGGGUGCACCAACGUAGCCUGAUUCGGUAAGGGAGCCCCCGAUGCUCCCACGGUUGCGGUUUCCGCCUCGGGGCCCGAUCCGCCUUUCGCAACGCAGCCGCGUGGGAGACCCGAGGGCUCGUCCGCCUCCUGCCACGACCCCCGCCCUCCCCAUCUAGAUUUCGGGGCUCGGUCAAGGCUGAUCUCCGCCACAUUUGCUGAUGAAGCUCUUGGCGGCGGCAGCCAGCGAGAAAAAUCCUCCUCCUCCCCCCCCCCGCGCCCCCUCCUCGCCUUUGCAAUUGGCUGCCCGACGUGACUUUGUCGCCGCUGCGCCGCUAGGAUUGGCGCCAGCCCGGCGAUAAAAGCGCCGGCGUGCCGCGCUCCCCGCCCGCUGUCGAAGAGCCUCCGCCGGCGACGCGACCCUCUUUCCUCGCGCAGGAUCGCCCCCUUCGCGGCGGCCCGGACCCCCUCGCAGCCGCGGCCAUGAGCUACAGCCGGGAUCUGCUCUUCGCCGCGCCGUCCUACGGCAAGAAGCCCUUCGCGGGCCGGAGCCUGGCGUACGGCUCGACGGCGGGCCGGGCGGGGGCGUCGGGGGCCCCGGGCCCCUCGGCCUUCUCGUCGUCGUAUCGGAAGCUGCCGGCGCCGAGCAGCUCGCUGGAUCACCUGGAGGCGCUGCGGGGCGUCGGGGCGGCGGCGUCGGGGCCGAGCGCGCUGAGCAACGAGCUGAAGAUCGUGCGCACCAACGAGAAGGAGCAGCUGCAGGGCCUCAACGACCGCUUCGUCAGCUACAUCGAGAAGGUGCACCAGCUGGAGCAGCACAACCGGCUGCUGGAGGCCGAGGUGGCGGCGCUGCGGCAGCGGCAGGCCGAGCCGUCGCGCCUGCAGGCGCUGUACGAGCAGGAGGUGCGCGAGCUGCGCUCGCAGGUGGAGGCGCUGCGCCACGACGGCGACCAGGCGGCGCUGGAGAGCCAGCAGCUGGGCCGCGCCCUCCAGCGGCUGCGCGAGCAGGCGGCCCACGAGGCGGCGCGGCGCCAGGAGGCCGAGCUGGCGCUGCGCGACGCGCGCAAGGACGCCGACCGAGCCGCCCUGGCCCGCCUGGAGCUGGAGAAGAAGGUGGAGGCGCUCCUGGACGAGAUCGCCUUCCUGCGCCACGUCCACGACGAGGAGGUGGCCGAGCUGCAGGCCGAGCUCCAGGGGGCGCAGGUCUCCGUUGAGAUCGACAUGAGCAAGCCUGACCUCACGGCUGCCUUGAAAGAGAUCCGCACCCAGUACGAAGUCCUGUCCGCCCGGAACCAGCAGUCGGCUGAGGAGUGGUACAAAUCCAAGUUUGCCAACUUCACUGAAGAGGCAGCUCGCAGCAGCGACAGCAUCCGCCAAGCCAAGGAGGAGAUUUCCGAAUAUCGCCGGCAGCUGCAAGCCCGGAACAUCGAGAUCGAGUCCCUGCGCGGAGCCAACGAGUCCCUGGAGAGGCAGCUGCAGGAGGCCGAGGAGAGGAGCAGCAAAGAGAUGCGUGACUUGCAGGAGACCAUCAGCCAGCUGGAAAAUGCCCUGAGGACAACCAAGGGGGAGAUGGCCCGUCACCUGCGGGAGUACCAGGACCUGUUGAAUGUGAAGAUGGCUCUGGAUAUUGAAAUAGCAGCGUACAGAAAAUUGCUGGAAGGGGAAGAGACCCGCCUGAGCACCGUCGUCAGCAGCAGCAGCAGCAGCAGUGCGUUUGGCCUGGGCUACCCCUUCUCAAGCCCCCUGGCCGGCUUCAAGGGGUUCUCGGCCAGCACAGUGGCGAUCCGGAAGGACAAGAAGGCAGAGUCCCAGGACAGCCCCAAGGAGUCCAAUGACUCGGGAGAGUCAAAGGACGAGGAUGAUUCUGGAGACGAGAAGUCUGCAACAGGCGUGCCCAAAACCUAAAACUGUGUCCCAAAGGCAGCCCUCCCCACCCGCCCUCUCACUGAAUUUCCUCAGAAUGGGGUGAGGGUGUUGUAGGUUUUUCAGACAUGGGAUGGCUCUCGGGAUGAGUCCGUCAGGCAGACCACGAUAACCGGACACCAAAUUACUCCUGGACAGAUCCACAAGCCUCUGGCAACUCUCCGGGAGCCAGCACCACACAGAUCUGCCGAGAACUCAGUUGCAUAUCACAAGCAGCAGCUUUAGAGCUCUUGGGCAGCUAGCCGGGCCUCUUAGCUCUCUGGCAUCACAAACCUCUGCAAGUUUACUUUGGAGUAAAACCCACUGUGUUUGUCUGUGAGCGACACACAGAAGUCUUCCCCUGUCUGAAACACUUCCUGCAAAACGUAAUCUUCCAAGAGGGAAACUUGGCAGGGGUGUGUGUGUGUGUGCGCUUAGGAUUAGCCUGCCCUUCAUUCCCCCCCCCCCCCUUUGUUGACCAUCUUCAGUCUUCUAAUCUGGAGGGCACCAGGUUGGGGAAGGCCCAUUUAGGUUACAUUAGCAUUCCCGACUUUUGCUCUGAGGCUGACCUGACUUCAGACAAGGUCCUUGAAUGCUGAAGUGCAGCGAUUCCCAAAUGUUUUUCAGGCCGCUGCCCCCUUGGUUCCAUAAAUUCAACCCCCACUGCCCCCUCCCCUAUGAAAAGCAUUGUUCCUCAAUACUGGUUUGCAUGACCCACUAGGGAAAAUCACUAUGUAGUUAAAUUGAUUCAACAGAACUGAUGAACUGGAUCCAGUGAGACCAGCUUUUCAAGGUCUGCUUGUCAUUUACACCUCCAGCAUCCCUUGCCACCCCCUUGCCUCUUAGUCCCCCCCCCCCCGGAAAUCCCACUGCCCCCAGGGGGUGAUCCUACCCACCUUGGGAACUGCUGCUCUAGAGUAUAUUUAAUACUUCCGAGUUACUCAUUUUGUGCCUCUUUCUCAUUCAAAACCUCUGACUUUAAAAGCCACAGGGCAGAUCAUUGUGGUUCUGUGAUCUCCACCCCCUUUGUCUGUCAGUCUGUUCAGGUAAAGCUGCAGUCAGGAGGAGUGGCAGCCAGGGGAGAACUGGCUGUUUUACUCUUUCCUUGACAGCUUCUUAUCCAUUCGAAACUGGUCUUCCUCCCCAUUCUGCAGGUGGACAAGCAGUUUAGAGUGGCUGGGGGCUGACUUACAGCUGGCAGGGAAAGGGUUAGGGUUACUCAGAUCCUUUGUGGUAGAACUGUAGAGUUGGAAAACAUCCAAUGAGCCCCUCCCCACCACCUCUGCACUUAGAGAUUCCCUGCCUGCAGUUAGAGGCGCAGUGCCUUUGGGUGGGGCAGACAGGAAGCCCUCCCUCCUCACCUGUGCAUGUUAAACUUUUCCUACGUCUUUCUACAGCUGCCCCAGGUGGUCCUCUAGCCAUGGAGGGUCAGGGAAUUAAAACCCACCACUGGGCUCUUGUUUCCCCCCACAGGUUUUGCCCUUUUUAACAACGGUCCUAGCCUUGAAGUUGUUCUCUUUACCUGUUAGGCUUCCUAAGGUGUGACCGAUCUCUGACUUUCUAAUUCUUUGUUAUCUAUUUAUAUAAAAAAAUAUGGGGGGAGUUUUGGGGUAAACUGAUUCUGAAACAGAAGGUGAGGACCCAGAGGGAUAUGGAUGGCGCAAAAGAAUUGUUCCUGAGCAUCUGUAAUGCUUCUGCCUUGAUUUUCCCAUUGUUGAGUCCAGCCUGCCCAUUUAGCAGGGAAAGAGCAGAGAGGCAGGAGUGUUUAUGUGCUUAAGCCAGGCCUACAACUCCCAUGAUCCCUAGCUAGCAGGACCAGUGGUCAGGGAUGCUGGGAACUGUAGUCUCAAAACAUCUGGAGGGCCAAGGUUGAGGAAGCCCGGCUUAAGCUUUCCCCUGUCCAUCAUUUUCCUUUGUUACAGUUCACACAUACAGUUUGAAAUGUGUCUCCCUUUGCAAGCACACGUUUGAAUGCCAUUUGUAUCUUGGUUCUAGGAAUGUACCCAUUGCAUGCUGAGCAAUUUGUUGGAAGGGUUACUUGGGUAUUUUGAAUGUAAAGCCUGUGGUGACUGGUCCACAAGCAAUACUAGAGAGCUGCUAAAGGAGUUGAAGAAUUUAAA